AGUAAUUAAUAAUAUUAUACUUCUUAUUAUCCAUAUUAUUCAUAAUAGCGUGUUAGGCAUUUGUCUCACAACUGCAAAUAAAAAAGUACUCUCUCCGUCCAUAAUAAAAAUUCUUGUUGCAAGUUACGUUGUUAGGUCCAUGCAAAUUUUAUGUUAUGUGCCUUGUAAAAUUAAGAAGAUCCAAUGAAACAGGGGAGAACGUGAAGACGAUGGCUCAAGGGGCAGCGGACAUUGGGAAGGGAGCAAUUUCAGGUGCGGUGAACAUUGCGAGGGGCGCCGCCACCGGCGCCGCCAACGUGGCUCAAGGCGCGGCGGAUGCCGUCAAGAACACCUUCGGCGCCGCCGGAGGACCCGCCAACCCCACCACCCUCCACUCCGCCAACGCCAAGUCUGCAGCCGAUAGGAGUUAAUUACUCGAUCGGGCAUGCAACUCAUUGGGAUACAUAUACUAUCAACAACGUAAGGUAUUCCAUAUUAUUAUUUCAAUUGAAUUGAUAAAUUGGUAAUAUGGAAGCAUACAACAAAGUUUGCUUUUUCACUUUUUCUUGGUUGUCUUUGGUAUUUUGAUAUCAGAGAAUGGUGUUCGAGUUAAUGCUGAUGAAAUUUAUUGCCAAUAUGCGUUGCCCACCUAAUGACACACUGUUCGAGGACGUCUGUAAAAAUUGUUGCAAUGUUAAAAACCAGCCUCAAUACAAGGGAUGUCACCUCUUUCAAGCUAAUGGCACUAUUAUAUGUUAAUCUCUCAUUUAUACUCAGUGAUGACCAUGCUACACUUACACCAAAAAAUAUACCCCAUUUGUACACCACAGGUUUGCACAAACAUUUCGAUGGUUUACACCGACACAAGUGUUGGUGCGUUAAUAAAAAUUCACACGGACACAAAUGUUGGUGCGUUUAACAAAAAUUAGUUUUACACCAACACAAAGUGUUGGUGCAAAACUGUGGGGUACAAAUUGGGGUACAAACCUUGGGGUACACAUAGCAUAAUCCAUAAAACAAAGUAGUUGUCACAAU